UUGUGUCCCUUACAUUUCGUGUACCUAAACUUUAAAGCGUUCAUCUGUAUAUGAACUUGGACAUCAAUUGAGGUUAACACUUAACAUUGAAAAAUAUUUAGGCCGUUUUUGAUUAUCGUUCAAUUCUUUUUGUGAACGAAGUCACCCAGUACCUAGAAGGCAUGGCUCGGAGUGACUCGUCAAGUAGUAGCAGUGAUAGUGAUAGUUCCCCAGAUCGCAACAAAGGGGAUAAGUUGAACAAAUCGGCGAGCAAGAGUGCAGCAGCGACCAAAGCUAGGAGUAGUUCUCGCAGCAGUGAAGGCAGCUCGUCAGAUAGCGAUACUCGCAAGAAAACUUCAUUGGGACGUCGCGAUUCUGGUCGCGGCGGUGACGACGUUCGACGCAAAAGUAGGGACAGGACAAGUGCUGAGCGAAGUGGCAUCAAUCGAAGUCGUCGCGAUAGCGCGGACCGAACUACCAGCUCCGACAAACGUCGAAAAAGUAGUGGUGAUAGACAUAGAAACGACAGCGGCAGCAGACGUGACCGAGCAUCGAGAAGAAGCAACAGCCGGGAAGGGCGUAAUGCCAGCGGGAGACGAGGUCGCAGCCGAGAUGAUAGAAGAAGUGGGAGCAGGACCGACACUCGAAGCCGAAACCGAAGCGGUCGUCGGAGCAGAAGCAGAGAUCCUCAUCGUGGAGGUCAAACAGCUCGCGAAAGAUUUGAAGCUGUGGUUGGGUAUGCUGACCCACGCUUAGACAGGUGGGGUAGUGCUUCUCGCUUUAGCUCUUGGAACAGAUUUUCUCCUCGUCGCAGAAGUCCCGUGAGGCGUCGUGAAAGACGAAGCCGUUCAAGGAGCCGAAGGAGAAGCAGAAGUCCACGAAGUCGACGUCGAAGACGCACCCGAAGCCGUUCACGUGACCGUAAGCGUAGACGUAGCAGCAGUUCCAGUGACAGUAGUGGUAAGAGCAAGAGCCGCUCUCCUGCGGUCAAGACGAAGUCUCCACAGAAAAAAGAUGCUGACAAGUCUGUCAAAGAUUUAGGUCAGGAAGGGGAAAAAAAUAAAGGAGAAGAAACGAAAUCGAGUCGUGAUGAAAAACAAUCUAGCAGUCGGGAUGAUACGGAAGGAAAAGUUAAGUCUGCUGACAAGAACCGGAACGAACAAGGAGCUAAAUCUGAAAUUGCCAGUACAGAGAAGAAUCAAGAAAAGGAACUCGAAACUACGAGUGAUUCUACAUCGACCUCUCGUAAGAAUGAUACAGCGAAUGAAUUGUCGUCAAUUGAAAUUCCAGUUGCCGUCUCUUCUACAGAAACUAUUUCGAAAGAACACGACAAAAGGACCGAGCCCCUUGAAGAACUGAACAAGGAAGAUACCGCCUCAGUCGCUGCUAUUAGGGUAGGUGAUCUGGAAGUGGAAUCGGAAAGCAUCGCCAAGAGUCUCACUUCUUCAGCGAACUCGGAAAAUGAGUUAAAAGAACCAAAUUCAAUGAAUGAACCUAGUAUGGUAAUGGCUGAAAAUCAGACGAAUGUUUCUUCAGGUCAAGGCGAGCCUCGAAUUUCUAGUGAGUUACCCGGUGAUGAAAACCCAACUCAUGAAGACAAACAACGUUCAUGUGGUCUAGCAUUAAACUCGCCCAGGGAAGAGACCAGCCGCAUGAAGUUGUCCGAUGUUGAUUCUCGUCGUAAAAGGCAGAGCUCUUCUUCAAUUGAUGAGAACUCAUCUCCAGUAGAGGAGGCGUCUAGUCUUACUUCGGAUUCUCGUUUGAAAAAAUCUGAAAUGAAGGGAAAUGGCACUGACUAUCCUGUUCCAAAGCGACGGCGCAGUCGGUCACCCUCUUGUGAAAAACAAAAAUUCUCAGAUGACCAAAAGUUCCAGGAAGACGCUAAUGUUGAGAUUCGUGCCAAACGUGAAAUUCAUAAAUCUCGAGGUACAACCAAGUCUUCAGCGAAUUCAGUUUCUGACAAGAACGAAAGAAAACACGAAGACCCAGUGACUCCUGUACAAUCACAAAGGCAAACUUCUUUUGGUAAAAUUGAUGAUCACCGUGGAGUAAGCAAACAAACGGACAUGGAACGAGUUUUGUCUGACAGAGAAAAUGCCCAUGAAGAUACUCGUCCUGCGAUACGGGAUACAGUCAAGUCUCGUGACAGACAUUCCCCGCGCCAGCGUUUCACGCCCGAACACGUUUCGGAAAAGGAGCCCGCUGAGAUAGAUGACGCUGAAAAUUUUUCGACAGAGCGCCGGUUGCAAGAUAGUAAGAAAAGAAAUGAUUCUUCCAGCAGUGAAUCGGAUGAGGAUGAAAAGAAAAAGAAGGCCAAGAAACGUCCGACCAAGAAAAGGGUAAAAAGAGGUAGCUCCAGUGAUGAAUCGGACGGGUCGGAUUCUGAAUCGAGCGAUGAAAACAUUAAGAAGAAAGCUUCGAAAGCUAAACCCCAGAGUAGGAAAAUCAAGAAGAAACGUAAGGAAAAGAAAGACUUGGCAAAAGAUUCUGCGGAAAGCUUUGAUUCUGACGAGUCAUCCCCAGGGAAGAACAAAAGCAAGAAAAAAUUGAAGAAAUGUAAGAAAAAGAUGAGCAAGCAGUCGAGUGACGAUUCAGAGGGGGGCUCCGAUACCGAAAAUUCGUCUUCUGAGAAAAAAACUAGCAAGAAAGCUAGUAAGAAGAGCACUGGAGGGAGAAACAGUAAGCAAUCUAGCGACGAGUCUGGAGUUGGAAGCAAAAAGAAAAACCCGAAGAAGAGCAAGUCAAAAAAGUCUUCAGAUUUGAAGAAAAGGCACCGCAAAAGCGGACAGGUGGAGUGCGAAGAAAGGGUUAUGUCAGACAGCGGAGAAGAGACAGAACUUCUGCGCAGAAAGAAGCAAAUUGAAGAGCAGCUUAGGCGUGAGAUGGAACUAAAAGAAAGAGACGACAAGAGAAAAGUUGAAGAAAAGCUCUCAGAAGUUCGCGAAUUUGAGAGGAGAAAUCCGGACGUGAAGGAACGCGAGACCAGAUAUCGGCCAGAGCGUAUCGACCGCAGUGAUGAAGUGAUCGGCGAGAGAUAUUGGGGCGGGAAAAACUUAGAAGCAGAGAAACAGUCCAAAAGUAGCGACACCUAUUGGAAUAAAUAUGCUAAUGAGUUGGGGAUCGAAAUUGAGGAACCGAAACGGCGAGGCGAUCGUCGCGUCGUCAGAGAUCGCAGCGCUGACCGCGACACGAGAGAUGACAAGGAACCAGCACCCAAGCGAUCCAGACCCGAUGAGUCUGCCAAGAAUGACAAGACAGCUGCUCCAGCCAUCAAAAAGCCAGUAGUUGACCCCUUGCAGACCCGAACUGGCGGUGCUUAUAUUCCUCCAGCCAAGUUACGCAUGAUGCAGGCAGAAAUUACUGACAAGUCGUCGGCCGCAUUCCAAAGGCUGGCGUGGGAAGCUCUCAAAAAGUCCAUCAAUGGUCUCGUCAAUAAAGUGAACGUUUCUAACAUUGGAGUCAUCGUUCGUGAAUUGCUCAAGGAAAACGUGGUUCGUGGACGCGGUAUUUUGUGUCGGUCUCUCAUGCAAGCUCAAUCAUUUUCUUUAACGUUCACGCAUGUCUACGCUGCCCUUGUCGCAGUCCUCAACAGCAAGUUCCCGCAAAUAGGCUUGUUGCUGCUCAACAGGCUUAUCAUUCAGUUCCGUCGGGGCGUCAAACGCAAUGACAAAAGCAUCUGCCUCUCUUCCAGCCGUUUCAUUGCCCAUCUAAUGAACCAGCAGGUGGCGCAUGAAGUCGUUGCUCUUGAAAUAUUGACUUUUCUGCUGGAAAAAGUUCAGGACGCAACUGAUGACUCAGAACUCGGAGAUAAAUCUCGGAACAGCUGCGCGGAGCUAGCCGCGGCGUUUCUUAGAGAGUGCGGACAGAAGCUUCAGGAACUCAGUCCGCGAUGCAUGGUUCGGAUCUUUGAAAGUUUGAAAAACAUUAUCAACGAAGGCAAACUUGAAGAGAGAGUCAAGUAUAUGUUUGAAGCUAUCUGGACUGAAGGAAGGAAUGGCUUUAAGGACAAUCCUGCCGUUCUAGAAGAGCUUGAUUUGGUGGAAGAAGAUGAUCAGAUUACACACGUAGCCGAGUUGGAUGGCAAGUUAGAUAGCGAAGACAUUCUCAAUGUAUUCAAGCACGAUCCCGAAUUUGAGGUCAAUGAAGAGAAGUACAAGGAAAUUCGAGCUAGUCUUUUGGGCGAGUCCAGCGACGGGGAAGACGGUGAGGAUGGCAGUGGGUCUUCUGGGUCGGAUAGUGACGAUGAAGAAGAAGAUGAAGACAAAGAAAAAGCUGGUCAAGAUAUUUUGGACCAAACUGAGAGCAAUAUGCUGGCCUUCAGACGCACUAUCUACCUCACUCUAAGGUCAUCUCUGACAGUCGACGAAGCUACGCACAAAAUUCUCAAAGGGAAUAUCAAACCUGGAUGGGAGAUGGAGCUUGGUAACAUGAUUCUGGAUUGCUGUGCUCAAGAGCGCACGUUUAUGAAGUUUUUUGCUCUCAUAGCCCAGCGUUUCUGUGGCAUCAACCGCGUGUAUCGGGACUGUUUUCAGGAGAUAUUCAAGACCGCCUACGAGACUUGCCACAGACUUGACACUGACAAGAUGCGCAAUGUUGUGCGGUUGUUCGCUCAUCUCUUUGUGACGGACGCCAUCUCAUGGGAGGUUUUCAGCAUAGUUCUGCUCAACGAAGACAACACCACCAGCUCAUCCAGAGUCUUCCUCAAAAUCCUCUUUCAAAGCCGCGACUAG